AUGCCUUACAACAACACUGCAAUUCCUCCUCAGCGAGAACCCACGGGCACCACUCAAUUACCUCUAUCACGCGUCAAGAAAAUGAUCAUGCUCGACGCCGAGAUUCAGCUUUGCGCGAUGAAUGCUGCGUUCACUAUUGCAGUAGCAACUGAAAUGUUCAUUCAAUAUCUAGCAGAACAAGGCCAUACUGUUGUCAAAUCAGAACGUAAACCUCGACGUAAUAUCCAGUAUCGCGAUCUUGCAAAUGCAGUAGCACGCCUUGAUAAUCUGGAGUUCCUAGUUGAUGUGGUUCCACGGACUGUGCCCUUCAAAACCAUCAAAACAAGUAAAGCACUAACCUCAUCGGGAGCAGGCAACACAUCAGCAAACAUAGCAGCCCACACAGCCAACACAACAGGCCCAUAUGUAUCGCCUUUUGGACCCAACGGAAACGAGGUUUUGAAUGGCGUUGUUGGAAGCAAUGGUGCUUCAUCUGGAAGUGGCAAUGGUGGUGCGAUUGACGCUGUCAUGAAUGGAAACGAACAAGACGACAGGGCGGCAGAAGACAGGGAGGAGGAUCCAAAUAAGCAGCUGGAACUAGAAAAUCUUCGGAGAGGUUCGAGUGUCAAUGGCGACGAGAGCUUGCAGGAUAUUGAAAUGAGCUGA